AUGACGGUGUUCUCCGCCAAGCAGGUGUUCCCGCUCGACUGCGAGGCCGAAGUGUCGCAGCGUCUCCUCCAAGCCUCACACUCCGGCGAUCUCCCCCUCGCCUUCCACUGCAUCGCCGAUCCGUCCGUCGAUGUCAACUUUACCGGCGCUGUCAUGUUGAAGACCGCUGCCACUGACCUCCUCCUCCUCCCGGAAUCCCCCAGCCAAGUCCGCCUCGACUUUCAGGAAUUCGUCUCCGACGUCACGCCGCUCUUUCUCGCCGUCCAUGCCGCCAACGCCGACCUCGUCAGGAAGUUACUGGUAAUGAACGUCACGCUUGUUGCCGUUCUCUCAGAUCCUGCUUACUCCUACAGUGUGGGAGCUGAUGUAAACCAGAAACUCUUCCGAGGCUUUGCAACUACUGCAGCUGUGAGGGAGGGUCACUUUAAAAUUCUUGAGAUCUUACUUAAAGCAGGGGCAUCGCAACCAGCAUGUGAAGAAGCUCUUAUUGAGGCAAGUUUCCAUGGCCAUGCAGGGUGUGUAGAAUUGCUCAUGAGCUCCGAUUUGAUCCGCCCUUAUGUCGCUGUACAUGCUCUUGUGACCGCAAGCUGCAGGGGGUUUGUAGACGUUGUUGAGACGCUCAUAAAGUGUGGUGUGGAUGCGGGUGCAACAGAUCGGGUGCUUUUACAGUCACUUAAGCCUUCUCUCCACACAAAUGUGGAUUGUACUGCACUGGUUGCAGCUGUAAUUCACAGGCAGGUUCCUGUUGUUGAUUUGCUACUGCAGAAUGGUGCUACGAUAGACCUCAAAGUGAGACUUGGAGCAUGGUCAUGGGACACUUCCACUGGUGAAGAGCUUCGUGUGGGUGCUGGGCUGGGAGAACCUUAUGGAAUCACCUGGUGUGCAGUUGAGUAUUUUGAAAGAAGUGGUUCUAUAAUACGCAAGCUCCUGCAGCAUGUCUCCUCCAAACCUCAUCGUGGAAGGACCCUUCUACACCAUGCCAUACUCUGUGGCAAUGUUGAGGCUGUUAAGGUACUCUUAGAAUGCGGUGAAGAUGUCGAAUCCCCAGUUAAAACAACCAGCAAGACUCAGUUCCUUCCUAUACACAUGGCAUCUCGUCUAGGCUUACCGACAGUUAUUCAAUGCCUUGUUGAUUUUGGUUGUGAUUUGAACUCCACAACAGACUAUGGCGACACAGCUUUGAUGAUCUGUGCAAAAUUUAAGCAAGAGGAGUGUCUCAACGUACUAACAAGGGCUGGUGCUGAUUUUGGCUUGGUGAAUAUUGCUGGUCAAUCUGCGAGUUCACUCUCUGAGUCAAACAAGUGGUCAAUUGGUUUUCAACAAGCAGUGUUGGAUACAAUCAAAAGCAGCAAGAUACCCAAAUCCAGCAAUACUACCACUUUUUCACCUUUAAUAUUUGUAGCUCAAUCUGGGGAUACUGAAGCAUUGAAAAUUGUCAUUGAAUCUAGAGAAUUUGAUCUUGACUAUCAAGAUGAUAGUGGUUUCUCUGCAGUUAUGCACGCUGCUUCAAAGGGGCACGUGGAUUCUUUUCGAUUGCUGGUAUAUGCUGGAUCCGAUGUGAAAUUGUGCAAUAAAUCUGGUGAAACAGCAAUAACCCUAUCUGAAAUGAAUCAGAACUGUGAUCUAUUCGAAAAGGUCAUGCUUGAAUAUGAGCUUGAAAAGGGCAAUAUCAAUGCUGGUGGAUUCUACGCUCUACAUCGCGCAGCUCGUCGUGGUGACUUGGAUGCCGUCACGUUGCUCACCAGCAAAGGUUAUGAUGUCAAUGCCCCAGAUGGGGAGGACUUUACUCCACUCAUGUUAGCAGCAAGGGAAGGCCAUGCGUCCGUUUGCGAGCUUCUAAUCUCAUGCGGUGCUCAUUGUAAUGCUAAAAAUGCUCGAGGGGAAACUGCACUUUAUCUAGCAAGGACAUUCUCUGGAGGUAAAAACGAUGCAGAAACUGUUAUACUCGAUGAACUUGCUCGUAAAUUGGUAUUAGGUGGUUCCUGCGUUCUGAAGCACACCAAAAGUGGGAAGGGUUCUCCCCAUGGGAAACAAAUGCGGAUGUUGGGUUCUGCUGGUGUUCUGUGUUGGGGUAAAUCAAGCCGGAGAAAUGUGAUUUGCAGUGAGGUAGAGUUAGGAGCAAGCUCAACCUUACGUAGAAAUAGGUACAAGAAAGGUGAUGCAGAUGAAGCUGGAACAUUUAGGGUGCUUACUAACAAGAACAGAGAAGUGCAUUUUGUAUGUGAUGGAGGAUUAGAAGGUGCUGAGCUUUGGGUGAGGGGUAUUAAACUUGUAACCAAAGAGGCUAUUUUUCAUAAGCAGAGAUCAGUCUAA